AUGAUGGGUGUCGCAAUAAUCUUCGUUGGUUUCAUCGUUUUGGCCUGGAAUCAUUUUCCACAGUUUUAUCCACUUCCAAUGCUUGGCGGAUUAUUCUGGGGAGUGGGUGGAUUGGAUGCGGAUGAAGAUAAAAUGGAUGCUUUCGGUAUUUCAGCGAACAGCACAGCCAUAAUGUUAACUGAGGUGCUGGGUCUAGCUCUUGCGCUGCUAAUCUGGAACACCGUAUCCUGUAUCAUGGGAUGGGCCACAUCCCGAUUCGGUCUUUUCGGUACACUUCCAGAACCACCAAAGAGUGACCUCCUCAAUUAUCUCGGACUUGUUCUAUUGGUCAUCGGGUCAGUCUAUGUGAUUGUUUCCGUCUCUUUACGUUAUUCUUUACGAUAA